AUGAGCUCUUCAGUUGAACAAGUUUCCAACGUUUUUGACACCAUCUUGGUGCUGGACUUCGGUUCCCAGUACUCUCAUUUGAUUACCCGAAGACUCAGAGAGUUUAAUGUGUACGCCGAAAUGCUUCCCUGCACUCAGAAGAUCUCUGAGUUGGGCUGGAAGCCAGCUGGUGUCAUCAUGUCUGGAGGUCCUUACUCUGUUUAUGCAGAAGAUGCUCCACACGUCGACCUAGACAUUUUCAAGCUAGAUGUGCCUAUUUUGGGUAUUUGCUACGGUAUGCAAGAGCUAGCUUGGAUCAACGGUAAGCAGGUCGCCCGUGGUGAAAAACGUGAGUAUGGACCAGCCACUUUGAACGUCAAGGAUGCCUCCAGUCCUCUUUUCCAGGGCAUGAACCACUCCCGCGUGUGGAUGUCCCACGGUGACAAACUACACGGCUUGCCAACUGGCUUCGAAGUCAUUGCCACCUCCGACAACUCCCCAUACUGUGGUGUCGCCCACAAGGAAAAGCCAAUCUACGGUAUCCAGUUUCACCCAGAGGUGACUCACUCGUCCCAAGGUAAGACUUUGCUAAAGAACUUUGCCGUCAACAUCUGCAAGGCCACUCAAAACUGGACCAUGGAGAACUUCAUCGACACCGAGAUCAAGAGAAUCAGAGAGCUCGUGGGCCCAACUGCCGAGGUUAUCGGCGCCGUUUCGGGUGGUGUUGACUCCACCGUUGCUGCCAAGCUAAUGACCGAGGCUAUCGGUGAGCGUUUCCACGCCAUCUUGGUCGAUAACGGUGUCUUGAGACUUAACGAGGCUGCCAACGUCAAACAGAUCCUUGGUGAGGGUCUGGGCAUCAACCUUACCGUUGUGGAUGCUGCCGAUGAAUUUUUGGACAAGCUAAAGGGCGUGACUGACCCAGAAAAGAAGCGUAAGAUCAUUGGUAACACUUUCAUCCACGUUUUCGAAAGAGAGGCUGCCAAGAUCCAGCCAAAGGGCGGUGACGAGAUUGAAUUCUUGUUGCAAGGUACUCUUUACCCUGAUGUGAUUGAGUCCAUCUCCUUCAAGGGUCCUUCUCAGACUAUCAAGACCCACCACAACGUCGGUGGUCUUUUGGAUGACAUGAAGUUGAAAUUGAUUGAGCCUUUGAGAGAGCUAUUCAAAGACGAAGUCAGACACUUGGGUGAGCUGCUUGGAAUUUCUCACGAGCUGGUCUGGAGACACCCAUUUCCAGGUCCAGGUAUCGCCAUCCGUGUCUUGGGUGAAGUUACCAGAGAGCAGGUAGCUAUCGCCAGAAAGGCCGACCACAUUUACAUUGAAGAGAUCAGAAAGGCUGGUCUUUACAACAAGAUUUCUCAAGCUUUCGCUUGUCUGUUGCCAGUCAAGUCUGUGGGUGUAAUGGGUGAUCAAAGAACCUACGAACAGGUUAUUGCCCUGAGAGCCAUCGAAACCACAGAUUUCAUGACUGCCGACUGGUUCCCAUUCGAGCAUGAUUUCUUGAAAAAAGUGGCCUCCAGAAUCGUCAACGAAGUUGAUGGUGUUGCAAGAGUCACUUACGAUAUCACUUCGAAGCCACCAGCCACUGUAGAAUGGGAGUAA